AGUCGUCCGCUCCUGCUGCCUGGCGUGCUCGCUCGCUCGCUCGCUCGCUGCCUCGCGCGUUUCUCUCCUCCACGCUCCGGGCGACCUCCCCACGCUGCCCGGUGACCGUGGCGCCCGCGACCGGCGCGGCGGCGGCGGAGGACAGUCGUCAUGGCCGCCUCUAAGCCCGUGGAGGCGGCGAUGGCGGCGGCGCCCGGCUCUGGAAAUGGAGUGGGCGGUGGCGGUGGCGGCGGGACUGCGGGCCCCGGCUCGGGCGCGGGGACCCUGUCGCGAUGGCACGUGGCUCUGGCCAUCGGGGCGCCCCUGCUGCUGGGUGCCGGGGCCUUGUACCUGUGGAGCCGAAGGCGGAGGCGCCGGGAGGCGGGGGGCCGGGGCGACGCCGGCGGCCUGAAGCGCAACAGCGAACGGAAGACCCCGGAGGGCAGGGCCAGCCCGGCCCUGGGCAGCGGCCACCCCGACGGUUCUGGAGACUCGCUGGAAAUGAAUUCUCUGGAUAGAGCCCAAGCAGCCAAAAACAAAGGCAACAAAUAUUUCAAAGCAGGAAAAUAUGAACAAGCUAUUCAGUGCUAUACUGAGGCUAUUAGUUUGUGCCCUACUGAGAAGAAUGUAGACCUUUCUACAUUUUAUCAGAACAGAGCUGCUGCCUUUGAACAGUUGCAAAAGUGGAAAGAGGUGGCACAGGAUUGUACAAAGGCUGUUGAACUUAAUCCCAAAUAUGUGAAAGCUCUCUUUAGACGUGCAAAAGCCCACGAGAAGCUGGACAAUAAGAAGGAGUGUUUAGAAGAUGUCACUGCUGUGUGUAUAUUAGAAGGAUUCCAAAAUGAGCAGAGCAUGCUGUUAGCUGAUAAAGUUCUUAAACUUCUCGGGAAAGAGAACGCCAAAGAAAAAUAUAAGAACCGUGAACCUCUGAUGCCAUCGCCACAAUUUAUUAAGUCUUACUUCAGUUCUUUCACGGAUGAUAUCAUUUCUCAACCAAUGCUUAAGGGAGAGAAGUCUGAUGAAGAUAAAGACAAGGAAGGAGAAGCUUUAGAAGUAAAAGAAAAUUCUGGAUAUUUAAAAGCUAAACAGUAUAUGGAAGAAGAAAACUAUGACAAAAUCAUAAGUGAAUGCUCAAAGGAAAUAGAUGCUCAAGGCAAAUACAUGGCGGAAGCCUUACUACUGCGAGCCACCUUCUACCUGCUUAUUGGCAGUGCCAAUGCGGCCAAACCUGACUUGGAUAAGGUCAUCAGUUUGAAGGAAGCUAGCGUGAAGCUUCGAGCAAAUGCCCUCAUCAAAAGAGGCACCAUGUGCAUGCAACAGCAGCAGCCUAUGCUGUCUACUCAGGAUUUCAACAUGGCUGCCGAGAUCGACCCUCAGAACUCCGAUGUUUAUCACCACCGAGGACAGCUGAAAAUUCUGCUGGAUCUAGUUGAAGAAGCAGUGGCAGACUUUGAUGCCUGCAUUAGAUUAAGACCCAAGUUUGCUCUGGCUCAAGCUCAGAAAUGUUUUGCAUUGUAUCGCCAGGCAUAUACAGCAAACAAUUCUUCACAAGUCCAGGCUGCUAUGAAAGGUUUUGAAGAAGUCAUAAAGAAAUUUCCCAGGUGUGCUGAAGGCUAUGCACUUUAUGCCCAGGCAUUAACAGAUCAACAACAAUUUGGUAAAGCUGAUGAAAUGUAUGACAAAUGUAUUGAUUUGGAACCAGAUAAUGCUACAACUUAUGUUCAUAAAGGUUUACUUCAACUUCAGUGGAAGCAAGAUCUGGAUAAAGGUUUGGAGCUCAUCAGCAAAGCCAUUGAAAUUGACAACAAAUGUGAUUUUGCAUAUGAAACCAUGGGAACCAUUGAAGUGCAGAGAGGAAACAUGGAGAAAGCCAUUGACAUGUUCAACAAAGCUAUCAACCUGGCCAAGUCGGAAAUGGAGAUGGCUCAUCUGUAUUCACUUUGCGAUGCUGCCCAUGCCCAGACAGAAGUAGCAAAGAAAUAUGGAUUAAAACCACCGACAUUAUAAAACCAAGGGGAAAGCAGACUGACUCUUUUUAAAAGAAGUUUACCCCCUCUUCAACUGAACCCUGAAGACACUGUCAUGAACUGUGUUGAAUGGUGGAACUUAGUAGUCCCUUUGUGAUGUUGUCAUUCAUUACAUCUGUUUCAUGUUUGGGUGUUGUGGGCGUGGCUGUUGAAGGAAGUUUGCAGUCUUGCAGCUUUUAUUCCCUGUGCAACAAAAGCUUAAAACCUGUUAAAGGAAUAUUAAAACAAACUUGUAGAGUACAAACAGUAAUUGGCCAUGCAAAUAAAAACUUUGAUUUAUUGAUUUGUUUUUUUAUAUUGGGGUGGGGAUUAUGUUUGAAUGAUUUUGUUUUUAUAGCUGUUUGUAUAAUAUGAGUGUUUUAUAGUAUGUUGGUUGGUCUUUAAUAUAGUAAGUGCUGUAAUAUAGACUUCUUUUAUAUUCAAUUAAUCCUUUUUAAUUUUUUUGAAGGAUGAAAGGCUUCAAUGUGGAUUUCAGUAAAAUUGAAAGACUUUAAGCUAUGUCAGCAUGCACAGAGCCUCUGAUUCUGUAGUACUUUAGUAAAUUAUGCAGAAGCAAAAUAUUCUGAUACUUGUACGGGACGACUGUUAAUGAGGGACUGACAAGGUAAGGUGAAAGAGACGUGUAUAUACUUGCCCGUGCGUUCCAUAUUAAGUACUAUUUAAUAGUAUGCUUUUUAAAGAAAGCGGGUAGUGUGAACAAGCCACGUACAGAUGGAGUACAUGUGAUGAUAUAUAGGAAUAUUUAAUUACUUUAAAUUUUCUAGUUGCAGAAAUACAGUAAAGGUUUAAAAAGGAUGUCAGUCCUGGAGCCAGAGCAAAGUUUAGUGCUUUAUUUAGCUGUGGCAGUAUCAACUUUAAGGGAUUUUGAGCCUGUAUUUUCAGAGAUGUUCAAUACAUGAGUACUUUUUUAUUGAGGUAACCUUGACCUCUAAGGACUGAUGGUCCAUGUCCACAUCUCCAGAGAUACUGACAGCUAGCUGACUUUACUUUCGUUCUGUUCAUCUUCAUCUGUACCUCAUCCUUUCUUUGGAAUUGCUAAGGUUGUUUCCAUUCAUCACUUUCACAGACGAUCCUUUUGCUUAUUUAUAUGCUGGAUUUUUCCUGUGUGGGGGGAGGUGUAGUUCUUACUGAGUCUGUUUCCAAGAUCCAGGACAGGUAGAUGGUUAUUUACAUGAAAUGAAAAUAUGAAAAAUUUACAUGAAAAGUAAGUCUGUUAAGACAUAGACAGGAAGUCUAAUUAUAGUUUACAUUGUUGAGAGUAAAGGAGCAUUUUACACUCUUAUUUAAAAAGGGUGCUUUAUCCACUGAAACCAAAAUGUUUUUGUCUAUACAUUCUGUCUUUUUAGAAACUAUUAGAAAUGACUCCUCUUACAAAGUUUGUCUUUGGACAAUUUGGAAAGCAUGGCUGAUUUCAGUAGGGGCAGUUAAUAUAAUUUAAGGUGAUUGAUGGGAUAAUGGAAAGUUGGAGAGCUCUUCAUUUUGUUCGGAAAUAAUUCUCCAAUGAUAACCCUUAAAUACAGAAAUGUCCUACAUCUCUGAAUGAGACUUCUUUGCUUAAAAAGUUUUUUUUUAUUUGCAUGGCUGUAUUUACAUUAAUACUGACAUUUUCUACUCUGCUCCCUUCUUUCUUGGGGCUGGGUAGUAAACAAAGAAGCAUGUGCCAUUCACUACUGUCAUUCCAAAUAGUCAUCAACUAUUUUGCCUGUUGUGAACAUAUUUGAAACUGCACUAAAAGCUGCAUCUGUCUGUAUCUUUUCUUUUGUAAAUGGCUUCACAUGUAAAUUCACAAAAUAAAUACUACAUUCAA